CGGGCGCGUGCCUUCCCCAGCUGUUGUCAUCUUCCGAGUCCAGUCUGGUCCGUUUGUGGACGCGCGCCGAAGGGGUAGAAGGUUGCCGGGAGCGCGCAGUGUUGGAGCUGCGCAGAACCGGAGCGGCAGAGGGGAAGAAUGGAGGAAGAUAUCCUGACCACCCUGAAGAUCCUCAUCAUUGGGGAGAGUGGGGUGGGCAAGUCUAGCCUUCUGUUGAGGUUCACAGACGACACUUUUGAUCCAGAACUGGCUGCUACUAUUGGUGUUGAUUUUAAGGUGAAAACCAUUUCAGUUGAUGGUAAUAAAGCAAAGUUGGCGAUUUGGGAUACUGCUGGACAAGAACGUUUCCGAACCCUUACUCCUAGCUAUUACAGGGGUGCACAAGGUGUUAUAUUGGUUUAUGAUGUCACAAGAAGGGACACAUUCGCAAGACUGGACAACUGGUUAAAUGAGCUGGAGACAUAUUGCACAAGAAAUGACAUAGUAAAAAUGUUAGUUGGGAACAAGAUAGACAAAGACAACCGAGAAGUAGACAGAAAUGAAGGCCUCAAGUUUGCACGAAAACAUUCAAUGUUGUUUAUAGAGGCCAGUGCAAAAACCAGAGAUGGUGUACAGUGUGCCUUCGAAGAACUUGUUGAAAAGAUUAUACAAACUCCUGGACUUUGGGAAAGCGAGUCCCAUAACAAAGGCGUCAGAUUGUCCGAUGAAGCUGGUGGCCGAGGAGGAACAUGCGGCGGAUAUUGCUCCAUGCUAUAAACUAGUUGUACUUUCCUUCUAUUUAAUCUGAAUCUAGUGAUACCAGUCUCCUGUAUAUAUAAACUCAUUUAUGGCUAAUCUAGGGACCUUUUCAGUGUGCACAUAUUUGUAUCAUGAGGCAGAUAUUUGUAGAAUUUUUUUGUCCAGCAAGUUUGCAGUCAAACAACGCAUGAAACAUUUUGAAUUUUUAUUAGUGGCCAGCUGCAUUAGCCAGUGCAUUGUUUGCAGCGCCACCUGUUCAUGUACUUUUUAACACUUAUACAUUACUGCACCAUUCUAAGCUUUGUGUUCUAUGUCUUUUUUUUUUUUUUUCCUCCAUGCAUUGGCUGUCUUUAUCUGUUUUAGCUUCUUGAAAGUAGACCUUUUGUCCCAAACAAGUCAAACCCCCUCCCCUCCCCCAAUCCUCCAUUCUUGCCUAGGUGAGAAGUAUGAGUCCUGCUCUCCCUGUCAUCCUAAGGAGGCUACUGGAGCAGGGACACGCAGUGGUUGGAGGGUGGACCUGGCAAUGUGUCAUUGGGGGCCUGUUGCAACCGCCUGGAAGAAACUGACAUUUCCUGAUGAAGUAGGAAGGCUAGGGGGGAGUCAUGGGGUGUGGCUUUUGACAGCAGAUCACAGUAGGAUAUCACUAGAUUGCUGGGCAGGUAUGUUUUUUUUUUUAUGAAGACAAUUCUGCAUGAAAAGGAAGUGGAAAGAAAAAAAAGCAGCAAAGGGGCUGUGAAGUUCCCCUUUAAAUACUAAUGAGACCAUUGCUAAGCAAGCCCUCCUCAUGUUUCUAGAUGCACAUGAAAGUAUGUUCUAGCAAAUGUCUAUUAUAUUGCCAACAAAUCACAAUGUCUUUUUGAUAAAUAACUUAUGUUAUAGUAUGUAAAUGCUUGUACUCGGCACACUGAUUUCUUGAGAAUUUCUCACCUUUGUACAUGUCUCCUGAGUAAAAAGUUAAAGUGGUUGAAGGAA